AUGACUCUCACUUACAUUGAGACCGACGGUGGUAAACUCGCCGUCGACAUUUCCGGCGAAGGCCCGCUUGUCAUCUGCUCCCCAGCCAUGGGAGAUUUCCGAGAUGCAUACGACCCUCUCGCUACCGAACUCCGCAAAGCCGGGUACCGAGUAGCCACAGUGGAUCUCCGGGGUCACGGUGACAGCUCCACUACCUUCAAACGCUACGGCGACGAAGCCACAGCUGACGAUCUCAUCACCCUCAUUGAUGCCUACGGCGGGGGUCCUGCCGUUCUUGUCGGCGCUUCACUGUCUGGCGCAGCUGCUACCAUCGCCUCUGGAAGCCAACCUCAUAAAGUCGCUGGUCUUGUUCUCAUUGGCGCAUUCCUCCGUCCCGGCACAGGCAAGCUUGUCGCUAGUCUCUUCCGUCUUUCGAUGAACUGUCCUACCGGUCCUAUUAUCUGGAAGUCUUACGCUCCUAAGCUUUGGCCUGGCCUCGGCGAUAAGAAGCAGGAGCGCGUAGACCGUUCUAUCAAGAUGCUCACCGGCCCUGGUCGCUGGAAGGCAUUCCAUGCUACUCUAUCCACAGACCAUGCAGUCGUUGAGCCAUACCUUAGCAAGGUUAAAGCUCCUGUACUUGCUGUCUAUGGUGAUGCGGAUCCUGAUUGGAGUGAUCCUCUUGAGGAGGCUAGCUGGGUUGCUUCCAACUUUAAGGACAGCGAGGUUGUUGCUGUUAAGGGUGCUGGACAUGCGCCUCAACUUGAGAAGCCUGAAGAGGUUACACCAGCUGUUUUGCGAUUUUUGAAUAGGAUUCGGGACGAGGGAGCUUUCAAGGGCAGUAGUGCAUAG